UGAAACUAUAACUCCCAAAAUUCCUACGGAACGGCUUUGACUUUCUCCUCCAAUCAGAGAGAAAGGAGGGCUUGGGGACGGGAAGUAAAAAUAAAAGUGACUAUAGUGCGCAUGUGUGCGGAUGUGCUUGGGCUCUCCGGAUAAAGAUGGCGGAACGCGGGUAUAGCUUUUCGCUGACAACUUUCAGCCCGUCUGGUAAACUUGUCCAGAUUGAAUAUGCAUUGGCUGCUGUAGCUGGAGGAGCCCCUUCAGUGGGAAUUAAAGCUGCAAAUGGUGUGGUAUUAGCAACUGAGAAGAAACAGAAGUCUAUUCUGUAUGAUGAGCGAAGUGUACACAAAGUGGAGCCAAUUACCAAGCACAUAGGUUUGGUGUACAGUGGCAUGGGCCCAGAUUACAGAGUGCUUGUGCACAGAGCUCGGAAACUGGCCCAGCAGUACUACCUUGUUUACCAGGAGCCCAUCCCCACAGCCCAGCUGGUACAGAGAGUAGCUUCUGUGAUGCAGGAGUACACCCAGUCAGGUGGGGUUCGUCCAUUUGGUGUUUCUUUACUUAUUUGUGGUUGGAAUGAGGGACGACCAUAUUUAUUUCAGUCAGACCCAUCUGGAGCUUACUUUGCCUGGAAGGCCACAGCAAUGGGAAAGAACUAUGUGAAUGGGAAAACUUUCCUUGAGAAAAGAUACAAUGAAGAUUUGGAGCUUGAAGAUGCCAUUCACACAGCCAUCUUAACCCUAAAGGAGAGCUUUGAAGGGCAGAUGACAGAAGAUAACAUAGAGGUUGGCAUCUGCAAUGAAGCUGGUUUCCGGAGGCUCACACCGACAGAAGUUAAGGACUACUUGGCUGCCAUUGCAUAAUAAUGAAGUGACUGAGUGACCUGAAAUUUCAGAUAAUCUAUCUACUUAAACAUGUUUAAAGUAUGUUUUGUUUUGCAGACUUUUUGCAUACUUAUUUCUACAUGGUUUAAUGGACUGAUGUUUUUAAAAUGACACUUAUAAAUCAUAAUAAACUGUUAAAUGCAA